AUGUCCGGCGGCACGGCACCGCGCGUCGUGGAGGACUUCCUCGGCGUCGUCCAGCUCCUCAGCGACGGCUCCGUCGUCCGCGGCGACGAAGCCGUCCUCCGGUCAAACGAGCCGUUACCGGACGUCCCCGGCGUGCAGUGGAAGGACGUCCUGUACCACGCCGCGCACGGCCUUAGUGUCCGCGUGUACAGGCCGGCGUCGUCGAGCGACGUGCUCCGCGACCGCGUGCUGGGGUACGGGGCGAGGCUGAAGGACAUGGGCAAGGCCGUCGAGGUUGUCCAGUUCGAGGGAGAGCAGCAUGGAUUCUCCGUCCGGCAGCCCUUCGGCGAGGCGGCCGACGAGUUGCUGCGGGUGAUCAAGCGGUUCGUCUACAGCGGCAACUGA